UUACCCUCAGGAGUAUGCCCCAAGUGGUAUGCCCCCUAUGGUACAAUCCCCGCUACAGGAUGAAGUACAAUUAUAGCCUCCGAUGGAUAAAUAAAUGAAAAUUUGAAGACAGACGAGUUUAAUAUACAAACUUCAAACAAUUAUGAAUCAAAGUCAUUGGAAAAAGCCAAAGGACGUCGAAGGAGAGAUGAUUUGGAAAAACGGUUUGAGCUGGAGAGAUGUUUAUUUUCAGACGUCUGGUCGUUCAAUGUAUCUGUAUCCAAAAAGAAGGGGAAUUAAACAAGUUCUGUUUGAAAUACCAUUUAUAAAGAUAGAUGAAAUCAUUAAAGGUACCAAAGGGUUUUCAAAAAACACUUUCAGAAUAGUAUUGAUAUCUGGUGCAAUUGAACAAUUCAAAUUUCCAGCUAACGUGGAACAAACAACAAUUCAUCAAUGGAUUGGAAAUUUGGCGAUGCUGUGGCUUUUGAAAGAUAAGGAGCUACUGGAGUCGCUAAAUCUGAACGCAUAG